AUGGGCAAGUCGUCAAAGGACAAGCGAGACGCCUACUACCGUCUAGCGAAGGAACAGGGCUGGCGAGCGCGAUCCGCGUUCAAACUCCUCCAGCUUGACGAAGAGUUCAAUCUCUUCGAAGAUGUGUCCCGCGUUGUCGAUCUCUGUGCUGCGCCUGGUAGCUGGUCGCAGGUUCUGUCCCGCGUGCUGAUCCAAGGUCAAAGGAUCGGUAGGGCGGCAUGGGAGGACAAGCGGUACAAAGAGCUUCUGCAACUGCGCCAGACUGGUGACGAAUCCAUGCAAGAUUCAGAUGCUCUGGCCCCCGCGCGAACAGUCAGUCCAAGGAACGAUGUCAAGAUUGUAGCUAUUGAUCUGCAACCCAUGUCGCCGCUCGAGGGCAUCAUAUGUCUUAAGGCAGACAUUACCCACCCCUCCACCAUUCCUUUACUACUCAAGGCGCUCGACCCUGACUAUGACCCGGCCUCAACCUCUAUCGAGACCGCUCAUGCGGUCGAUCUUGUGAUAUCGGACGGUGCACCGGACGUCACAGGCUUGCAUGACUUGGAUAUAUACGUCCAAUCACAACUACUCUGGGCUGCGCUGAACCUGGCCUUGUGUGUACUGAAACCCGGCGGCAGGUUUGUGGCCAAGAUUUUCCGGAGCAAGGAUGUCGACUUGCUCUAUGCUCAGCUGAAGGUCGUCUUCGAGACUGUCGCAGUCGCCAAGCCGAGAAGUAGUAGGGCCAGCAGUGUUGAAGCAUUUGUUGUCUGCACCAAUUUCCGCCCUCCGAAGGGGUUCAAAGCUAGCCUUGAGAAGCCCCUGGGUGCUGGCCGCAGUAUCCGGACUUCCCAAAAGCUUCCGUAUAGCCAGACUGGUCCAUCGCGUACAAUCCGUGAAGAUGGCAUCACCGAGCUUGACCUAGGGUCUGACUCAGACGCAGAGGACAGCGAAAUCCGCUGGAUCGCGCCGUUCUUAGCAUGCGGUGAUCUGAGCGCAUUUGACGCAGAUGCGAGCCAUAAGCUGCCGGAAGGCCAUGUCAGCCUCGAUCCUAUACAACCCCCCACCGCUCCUCCAUACCGAAAAGCGUUAGAGGAGCGGAAGAAGAUGGGCGGAGCUUACGGGAAGACGAAGCUUAGUAGCAUCGAAUAA